CAAACAAACCCAAGCCCAUCUCUCUGAAUUUCUUCCUCUAGAAGCAGUGGCCAUGCCUCUUCUCAACGAUCUCAUCAACCUCGACUUCGGCGAGACCACCAAUAAGAUCAUUGCUGAAUACAUAUGGAUCGGUGGAUCCGGAAUGGAUCUGAGGAGCAAAGCAAGGACUUUGACUGGACCAGUGAACGAUCCUUCGGAACUCCCGCUCUGGAACUUCGAUGGUUCGAGUACGGGCCAGGCUCCCGGAGACGACAGUGAAGUUAUUUUACGACCUCAAGCUAUAUUCAAGGAUCCCUUUCGAAGAGGAAACAAUAUCCUGGUGAUGUGCGAUGCUUACACUCCAGCAGGUGACCCUAUUCCCACCAACAAGAGAUUCAAUGCAGCCAAAAUCUUUGGCCACCCUGACGUUGUUGCCGAGGAACCUUGGUUUGGAAUAGAGCAAGAGUACACUCUCCUUCAAAAACAUGUCAAGUGGCCUUUGGACUGGCCUGUUGGAGGGUUCCCCGGCCCACAGGGUCCUUACUACUGUGGAGUAGGGGCUGACAAGUCCUUCGGCCGGGACAUCGUGGAUUCCCAUUACAAAGCCUGUCUUUAUGCUGGGAUUAAUAUCAGUGGAAUCAACGGCGAGGUUAUGCCUGCUCAGUGGGAGUUCCAAGUUGGACCAGCCACUGGAAUAUCAGCAGGGGAUCAAUUAUGGGUUGCUAGAUACAUACUCGAGCGUAUCACUGAAAUUGCUGAAGUUGUUCUUUCUUUCGACCCCAAACCUAUUCCGGGGGAUUGGAAUGGUGCUGGCGCUCAUACCAACUAUAGCACAAAGUCAAUGAGAAGUGAUGGCGGCAUUGAUGUGAUAAAGAAGGCAAUUGAGAAGUUGGGUUUGCGCCACAAGGACCACAUUGCUGCCUAUGGAGAGGGUAAUGAGAGACGCCUCACCGGUCGUCAUGAAACUGCUGAUAUCCAUACAUUCUCUUGGGGUGUUGCAAACAGGGGAGCUUCCAUCCGAGUUGGCCGUGACACCGAGAAAGAAAGAAAAGGUUACUUCGAAGAUAGAAGGCCAGCAUCCAACAUAGAUCCUUACAUUGUGACAUCAAAAAUCGUUGAAACCACCAUUCUCUGGAAGCCUUAGAAACGGAAGAUUAGAUGGAUAAACCUACAUCAGAUUAGAUCCUAUAUAAAUAACCCUCCCAUCUUCUUCCAUG